AUGUCUCAACCCACCGUUGCGAAACCCGCCCCUCCUCCAACAGAUGACCCAGCAGAGAAGCUCUUGCCUGGACAACACACUCUCCCAGCAUCAUGGUGGACGUCGGAAAAAGUGUUUGAGUUGGAGAAGAGAGCCAUUUUCAACAAGUCGUGGAUGCUCUGCUCUCACACUUGCCGCUUCAAGAAGCCAGGUGACUACUUUUCCUUUACGAUUGUGGGCAUCAACUUUUUCAUCAUCAUGAACAAGCAGGGCGAGAUCAAUGCGUUCCACAACGUUUGCCGUCACAGAGCGUACCCUGUGGUGAGAAAGGACAAAGGUUCUUCUGUUGUCAUUGGAUGCAAGUACCACGGGUGGUCUUACAAUACCGACGGCGCUUUGACCAAGGCUCCACACUUUGACCAGGUGGAGGGAUUCAAAAAGGACGAAAACUCUUUGUUCCCAAUCCACACUCAUGUGACCAACCAGGGUUUGAUCUUUGUCAACUUCUGCAAUGACCCUGAGCAACUUGUGCCUUUCGACGACUGGUUUGUCGGUUUGGAGAAGGAAAUGGAGGAGUUUGACUUCAGCGACUACGAGUACCACUUCUCGUACGAGUUGGAUGGCCAGUUCAACUGGAAGACUUUGAUGGAUGGCUACCAGGAGUGCUACCACUGUCCUACUGCCCACCCAGGCUUGAACUCUGCCUUUAAGAUGGAAACUUACAAGGUUGUGCCUAAGGGAAAGUACUGCCGUCACUACGCAGAGAUUGUGAAGGAAGAAGUGGCUAUUGAGGAUAACGACAAGGAUGCUGAUGAAGAGUCUUCGUGGUUUGGCUUCGGCAAGAAGAAGGCCCCAGAAAAGCCAGUGGAGAAGAAGAAGAACCCAGGUGGAGAGUUCAAUGGCUUGUGGGUGUACUUGUUCCCAUCUAAUGGAGUGAACUGCUACUCGCCAGCAUGGUACUUUAUCCGUGUGUUGCCAAUUACCCCAACCCGUACCAUUUUGCAAUACGACAUUUACACCAAGAAGGGAUUGCCUGAAGCCGAGAAGAAGGAAUUUGUGGACUUUUUGCAAUUGGUUGAGUUGGAAGACUUCAACUUGUGUCAACUCACACAAAAGAACUUGAACCAGGGUAUUUACGGUUCUGGAUUUUUGCACCCUACCAAGGAAAGAGGUGUUUUGCACUACCAAGGCUUGGUUCGUGACUUGGUCAAGGAACACUUGGCACUUGAGGAGAAGAGAGGCAAGAUUGUUAACCCUGCUUUCUUGGGAGAGGCUGCUCUCAACGAUAGCGUGAAGGAGUUGAAUGAACUCUGUAACAAGUUGGAGUGCACUUCCAGCGAAAAGACUGCUGGUAUUGAUUGGUGA